GUUACGCGUCCGGUAUUUUUAUUUUCCGAAGCUGGUGGAUAUAUCCAAGGACAACACACUAAUAUUUCGAAGGGUGCCUUUGCUUUAAGUCCACCAAAACGAAUAAUCAGCAAGUUUCGGGAAGAAUGGAAAGGUACUUUUACGGAUACUACAAAAUUGUAUCAAGAAAUAGAAUCAAAUACUUGGAUUCGAGAUGUAUACAAAGAAAAUUUUAAUUGUACAUUAGCUGAAACUGAGGGCAAAAACAUCUGUCGUCAAAUUUCAUUACUUGAAUUCGAGGAGGCUGUUCCAGACUCCGUAUACAAUCAGUACGCUAUCCAGGCGGCUAUGGUCAUUGCAAAAGUUGCUAAGAAUGUCUUUGGGAGAGCAUGUCCAAGCAAUUAAUUAUGUACGAGAUUUCUAGACACACGGAAAACAUAUAGAGAAAAGUUCAUAAAAGAAUUGUCAAUGAUGCAAGCAAUAAAUUUUGACGAUUUCGGGAGUUUUAGAGAAAUAAAAGAGUUUCGGGAUCCUGACUUGGUUGUUAAUUUUACCGAAUCUGUAGACAUCAACCUACACAUAUAUAUGGCAAUUGUCUAUGACGAUGAUGAAUACGGAAGAGAUGGAAAAGAAGAAAUUCUGGCAAGAAGUCAAGGUUUCGAUGUUUGCUUUCCGGUGUUUAUACCAGUAGAUCCAACACAAAGUCAUGUGACGAAGCUUGAAACAGACAUCAGUGAUAAGAUCAUCGUUGCAGAUAUACCUAUUACUGGGAUUCUUGUCUUCGGGAGUUCAUUUUUAGCUGACCUUGUACUCGGUGCUACUGAAAAUGUUAUUAAAAAGAAUCCAAAUGUUACGCGUCCGGUAUUUUUAUUUUCCGAAGCUGGUGGAUAUAUCCAAGGACAACACACUAAUAUUUCGAAGGGUGCCUUUGUUUUAAGUCCACCAAAACGAAUAAUCAGCAGGUUUCGGGAAGAAUGGAAAGGUACUUUUACGGAUACUACAAAAUUGUAUCAAAAAAUAGAAUCAAAUACUUGGAUUCGAGAUGUAUACAAAGAAAAUUUUAAUUGUACAUUAGCUGAAACUGAGGGCAAAAACAUCUGUCGUCAAAUUUCAUUACUUGAAUUCGAGGAGGCUAUUCCAGUCUCCGUAUACAAUCAGUACGCUAUCCAGGCGGCUAUGGUCAUUGCAAAAGUUGCUAAAAAUGUCUUUGGGAGAGCAUGUCCAAGCAAUGAAUUAUGUGCGAGAUUUCUAGACACAUGGAAAACACAUAGAGAAGAGUUCAUAAAAGAAUUGUCAAUGAUGCAAGCAAUAAAUUUUGACGAUUUCGGGAGUUCUAGAGAAAUAAAAGAGUUUCGGGAUCCUGACUUGGUUGUUAAUUUUACCGAAUCUGUAGACAUCAACCUACACAUAUAUAUGGCAAUUGUCUAUGACGAUGAUGAAUACGGAAGAGAUGGAAAAGAAGAAAUUCUGGCAAGAAGUCAAGGUCUCGAUGUUUGCUUUCCGGUGUUUAUACCAGUAGAUCCAACACAAAGUCAUGUGACGAAGCUUGAAACAGACAUCAGUGAUAAGAUCAUCGGUGCAGAUAUACCUAUUACUGGGAUUCUUGUCUUCGGGAGUUCAUUUUUAGCUGACCUUGUACUCGGUGCUACUGAAAAUGUUAUUAAAAAGAAUCCAAAUGUUACGCGUCCAGUAUUUUUAUUUUCCGAAGCUGGUGGAUAUAUCCAAGGACAACACACUAUUAAUAUUUCGAAGGGUGCCCUUUAAGUCUACCAAAACGAAUAAUCAGCAGGUUUCGGGAAGAAUGGAAAGGUACUUUUACGGAUACUACAAAAUUGUAUCAAGAAAUAGAAUAAAAUACUUGGGUUCGAGAUGUAUACAAAGAAAAUUUUAAUUGUACAUUAGCUGAAACUGAGUGCAAAAACACCUGUCGUCAAAAUUCAUUACUUGAAUUCGAGGAGGCUAUUCCAGACUCCGUAUACAAUCAGUACGCUAUCCAGGCGGCUAUGGUCAUUGCAAAAGUUGCUAAGAAUGUCUUUGGGAGAGCAUGUCCAAGCAAUGAAUUAUGAGCGAGAUUUCUAGACACACGCAAAACACAUAGAGAAGAGUUCAUAAAAGAAUUGUUAAUGAUGCAAGCAAUAGAUUUUGACGAUUUCGGGAGUUUUAGAGAAAUAAAAGAGUUUCGGGAUCUUGACUUGGUUGUUAAUUUUACCGAAUCUGUAGACAUCAACCUACUUGGCGAUUUUCCAGCGUAUGAAGUGUACAGUCAUCAACUGUGCAAAGCUGAAACUGACAGGGCCUGUCUUGUCAAGGUAUUUUGAUUAUAUGAACCACCUGAGAAGAAGACGUUUGUUUCUUGAUAAAUUACGGUUUGAUUAUUUUUCGUUUUCAAAAGUCGAAAAAUAAAUUUUAAAGGUACAGAAUUGCUGAAAUAGAUGGGGUUUUUUCUAGACAUUACGUAUUGCAAGAUAUCUAAACAGUAUUCUAUUAACGUUUUUUUUUCCUUACGAAAUCAUCAUGGCCUGCCAAAAAGAGUAGCUGAUGAAGGAUGAUCGGAUACUCUCAUUGCUUUUAAAGGUGGAUAAAUCUUAGCAUGAUUCCAGUCACCAUCAUAAUAAUCAGUCUGUCAGGUAUUGAAAGUAUUGCUUUCAUUCAUUGAUUGCCUUAUUACAGAUAGCCGAGUACAAGAAAUCAAAGGAAUUGCAGGUAAUCUCCAGAAACAUCAAGGACUACGGUGUCAACGGAGAGGAACUGUUGUGGCCAAAAAUUCGUAAAGCGCAGUGCCCUGAUGGGAGGUUUUGUUCGCACUGCUUUGCAAAACGAAGAUGAAAUCUUAUUUAUCCCUGGUGACAUGUAUAUUGUUGGAAUCGUGCCUGUACAAAUAAAGGACCAACACCACUGCAAUGCGAAGAUAUAAAGAAAGGUGGGCUGGACAUUGCUGAAACUAUUCGGUUUGCAGUGACAGCGGCUAAAAGAAAACCGGUGGCAAAUAUCGGCAUCAUCAUAAUUGAUAGCUGCAAUGACCCGCAAGUUAUACAGGAAAAGAUAUUGACAUUGUAUAGAUUUGGUGUAUACAUAGAUAAGCAGUAUAGGCCCGUUGGUGACAGAAUUCUGGGUUAUAUUGGUGGCUGAUCUAGUGACGUUAGUAUAGCAGUUGCGGAGUUAACGUCUCGCUUGCGAUAUCCGCAAAUAAGUUAUGCGUCAACAGCACCGGUUUUAAGUAAAAGUUAACUGUAUCCGUACUUCCUACGUGUGCCAAGUCCGGAUGAUAAACAGGCUAAAACAAUCAUUGAGAUUGUGCAGACAGUCGGGGGAGAUUUUAUCCAAAUAGUUUAUAGCGCAGGUGCAUACGGGGAAGGCGGUAAGGAUAUUUUGUUGGACCUGUUAAGUGUGUCGAACCUUGAUAUUUGUGUUGCACAACAAUGCCUGUUGCUGCCGAUAGUGAUGGAUCUGUUGUACUGUCUAAUCUGAGAAGAUUUGCCGAAGUUAAAAUUGUUGUUUUAUUUCUUGCAUCAUUUGAUGUCCCACAUUAGUUGGAAGCAUUCAAUACAAUUGCUAAAAAUGAAUUUCUUUUCAUAAGUUCUGAGGGCUGGGGAACCAGAUUCGACCAUAAAGAGAAAAGGAAUUCGACUGUUACUUUGAAUGGAGUUACGACAAAACUUCUCGAAAGAAAUGCCAGUACGUGAAUAUUUUUUCAGUCUACAUAUUUAUUUUGUUUUAACAUGCAAAGUGACAAAUAGGUUUCAUAUUACAAAGAAAUAAUCAUGACUGUUUUGCACUUUUACCAUUUAUACACUUAGGUAAUUACGACUAUUGAUUGUUUCGUUUCCAAAUGUUGUUGCCUGAAAGGAUAUGAAAAAUAUAACGGCAAAUAAUCGGACUCCAUUCCAUGGUGUAAGUAACUUAUCUUUUUGCUUAAGCCGGUGCUAGGGGGUGCGAGAGGUGUUGCACACUGCAUUACUUUUCAUGAACAGACUAAAUCAAACCGAGUCUUCUAUUAUUCUUCUCGGUUGCAUUCUUUGCUUCCAAAGGAUUUGUUCUUUACAGAUUUUAUUCAUGAAUACUUGAAAUGCAAAGUAUUUUUCAUUCGCCAUUUUAAUGAUUAUGUUUUUCUUUUACUCAGAGAAAAGAGUUCCUUUAAUGUAUAUACUACUGAUUGAUUUUCGAUUGGGCGCUUGGACGCCAUUUGCAGAAGGCGCUGUCACUGCACUUUUAGAGGGUGUAGAAACAGUUCUCAGAGAGAAGUGUAGUGGAAAUUCAACAACAAUCUGUGAUACAUACAGGAAUAGUACACUUGAUGUCGGCGACAGCUCUUUUGGUGUUGAUAAUGAGCAGGUAGCUUUAACAUUCCAAACAUCUAUGUUCAGUAGUAUUCGAGGAGAAGUCGUUAGCUCAAAGUGUGCUAGAUAUAUAGACGAGUGUUACCAUUGUCUUCCUCCGCCACCAGUGAAGGACGACAGCAGUAGCCUAUCGCCUGGCAUGAUGUUGUUGUUCUUGGUGUCGUCUGCUUUGUUUUGGCGGGAAUCUUCCUGUUCAUCUACUGCAGACUUGGAUUCUGCCUUGCAAUAGGUUGUUAAACUUUAGUCAUAUAUAACGACCAAAAGCAAACAACUACU